AUGGGUGCCAUAGCCGCAGCGUCAACUAAGGUGAGCGGCUCGGACAAAACGAAGACAAUCCACCCCAGAUCUCACAAAAAGAAGCCCAUGUCGGUGAAUCCGUUUAGCGCAGCGUCGAGAUGCCCCCAGGCUUAUCUCGACAUUGAAGACGAAGACGAGGAGGAGGAUCUUGUCAUUCAGCAGCUCCUAUAUCCUGAUCCUCAUGCUGUCGCCCAGCGACGCGGAGGGUCACGCCCCGGCAAACACGAGAAUCUGGAGAUGUCCAAGACGGUUAUCUACAGUAACGUAUGUCAUUUUGUGGAUGCCGUGGACAAGCAGUUUGGUGACGAGUAUCUACGAUCUCCUACGGAAUCAGAUAUGAAGCGGCUACUCGAAUUAAAUGCGCGGCGUGGAUUUGUCGGAAUGUGGUGCAGCAUCGACUGCAUGCACUUGGAGUGGCAAAACUGCCCGACCGGUUGGGCUGGGCAGUUUAAAGGCAAGGAGAAAAAAAAACUACGGUUGUUCUGGAGGCGUGCGCAGAUGAAGAGCUUUGGAUUUGGCACGCUAGCUUUGGCUGGCCUGGAGCGCUAA